AUGGCAACUUAUUACAGAAGUAGUGGCUCAAGUGACAUUUAUUCGAGACCAAAUGCAUCCGAGUUUGUCCCUGGAAACGCAAUGAUCUACACGAAUCCUGAGGUUUCUUACUCGGACACCUUUCCUGGAGAAGCUAACAAUGUCUCAGCUACAAAAGAGAUUCAAGUACUUUCAAGUUUCGGUGGAGGAGCUUCACAAGUGUUGGAGGUUCAAGAUUCUGGUUCUUGGAGAGAUCAAGAAGACAAUGACAGGACCUGCUUCACGGUGAUGAUGCGUCCCACCACGGGACAGGGGCUGUCCCUAACUCUCAGCUCGCAGAUUGAGACAUCGAGAGGCAAUAACGAUGAGUACGCAACACAAGUUGUUUCGGGCUUUCACAACUCGAAGUAUCUCAAGGCUGCUCAAGAGCUUCUGGAUGAAGCUGUUAAU